AUGUCAUCGCGCCUCGGGAUCUCUUCUCAGCUCCGCGCCGCGCCGACGAUGCGACGCUGGUAUCGUGCAUGGCAAGCGCAGGCAUCGUGCAUGGCAAGCGCGGGUAUUAUGCAUAGCAAGCACGAGCAUCGUGCAUGGCGAGCGCGGGCGCUCGUCUGCUCGUCUGCUCGUCUGCUCGUCUGCCCGUCUGCCCGUCUGCCCGUCUACGACUUUAGAGCAAUGCGCGUGAGCCGCGAUCGACUCGUCGCGCUGUACCACUCUGCACAUAGCGGCAGGCGUGUGAAAUUUGCCGACGCCGCCUGCUUUACACACCACCGGGACGCAAAGAUGCUCUCGCCGCUCGCUGCCCCCCUCGGCACCGCCCGCGCGAUCGACCUGAAGCUUGGAGCCCCGCAGCAGCCGGCGGCGUCGACAGAUCGCUGCUGCGCCGUGAUGCUGCGCUUCUUUAACGACCGCAGGGACGCGCUCUUCCGAAGAUAA